AUGUACCGUGUUGAGGGCCGUAUAGUGCGAGAUUUCUACACAGAUGAACCAACACUCCUUAAGAAUGUAUGUACCUCUUGGACAUGGUCGACCAACACUUCAGUUGACAUUUUGUCAGAUUUUUGCGAUCCCACUGGCUAUAUUAAACCAUGGGCAGAACCACUGACGAACCCAUGGCGACUGAAAGCCAAUGGCCAUCGUGUUGUUGCAUAUCCUGUACUACUCUACUGCGAUGACACUUCAGGUAACCAAUCCAAAAAAUGGAAUGAACACAACACAUUCCUUAUGAAUGCUGCUGGACUUCCACGAGAGCACAUGCAGUGGGAGCACAAUCUUAGCUUUAUAUGUACAUCAAAUAUAGCACCUCCACUGGAAAUGCUCGAAGGCAUUGUUGAGCAAAUCGAAUCAUGUCAAGAAACAGGGAAAGAUGUCACUGACAUGCUCGAGGUUGGUGGUGUUAAGAGGGAGACUGUUCAGGGAAUGGUUGGUGCUGCACGAACCACAGCAGAAACUCAGAGCGUCUCACAUCGGAUGCUUGAAAAUGCAUCAACUCUUGCACGCCAAAAAGAAAAUGUAGAUCUCCAGACAUCUACUGGUGUGAAGGACACAAUACUCCACUUUUUCCUCGACAAAUUAGAGAAGGCAAGGAAGUCACUCGGUGGGGAUGCAGCACGACAGGCAACUCAAGAGGCUUAUACAAGGUUACCAGCCAAUACCUUUAGCCCAUACUUCUGGCGAGAUGCAGUUGAAUGCCUCUCUGCUGUCCACAAAGCUACCAUUGAAGCUCAUUUGUCAAGUCUUGACAUUUCUGGCCUUGGGCCCGAUGUAGCAAAACCUCAUGGUCAUACACUUGUUCAUUAUGCUGGGUCACUUGUCGGCUGUGAUUUUCGUUUGAUCAGUCAAGUGGCUGUUUUCGUACUGUAUGAUAUGCUUGAAACCAAGAUCCUUGAUGCAUGGGCUGCACUAUGUGUCCUUGUCCCACUUCCUUGGAUGCCGAAAAUUGAGAAUCUUGAUGAUUAUAUGGCUGAACUCAAUGUGGCGAUCAAAAGAUUCAUGGACUGUACUGCUUGCUGGACACCACAAUGGUUCAACAAGCCGAAAUUUCACCUCAUCUUGCACAUUGUUGACCACAUACGGAGAUUUGGCCCUGUGAUCACAUUUGCCAUGGAAGUCCACAAGUCAUACAACAGUAUUGUUUGUGGCUGGUCCAUUAAUUCAAAUCAGAUGGCACUUUCACUUGAUAUUGCACGACGUGCUGCUGGCUUACUCCGAUUGUGGCACCUACUCAGUGGUGGAUACUUUGAGGUUGAGUCAGACAAAUCAGAUGGCACAACACAAACCAAAUGGAUUCAAGCAGGAGUGAAUCCUCGAACCUAUGGUGAACAGCCAUCAAUCAUCACUUGUAAACUUGGUUUUCCUCUUUCUGAAUCAUUUUCUUGUAUAGGUAUGAUUUGCAAAAAGAGCAAAAAUGCGCCCUCUCAUUUGGAACCAGACUUUGGUCGGGAAGUCAUUGUUUGCAAUGGUGAUCCUGUUGCACUUGAUUCAUUCAUGGUAUUCCAUGUCCAAGACCACUUCUUAAUUGGGAGGGUGGCUGAAAUUUUGACGAGGGGACAGGAUUUCGAGGGGAAAGCAGACUGGAUUUUACUUCAAUGCUAUAAUACUGGUCCCCUUGUCCAGCCAUACUGGAUGCCUUCGCUCUCAAAAACUGAGAGAUAUCACUUGGUCACUCCUGAGCAAAUUAACUGUACUGUCAAUGUACAACACAAUUGUGCAGCCAAUCGCUGCAACCUCUCUUCAUCACGACCAGUGUUUCUCAAAUGGGAGCAUCAAGUGGAGGGCACACAGGCAGUUAGACAUAAUGAUGAUCGCACAGAGGAUCUGAUCCUGAACAUGGCAAAGAUGCGAGAUGCAAAAUUCAUCUCGAAAUUUAGAGAAGCUGCCCCCCCACUUGAUACUGACUCACUUAUCAACAUUGUUUGUGAAUCUGAACUAGCAGCAGCUGCACCAGUCCCAUCCUCUGCAGGGCAGAAGCACACACAUUCAUCAUACAAUGACAAAGACAGUGAUGAUGAAUUGGAUCAAUCUUUGACCUCCCAAGUGCCUCAGUCAGGUGCAAUUCAGUUGCCUGCUACUGCAGUGCCACCAGCUGGAUCUAUUCAAGUUGGUCCAGAAGUUAUUGCUGCCAUCACGCAGAUGUACAGCCUCAACAGUGAGAGGUUGCGCAGUUUACAGUCUUAUGCUUUAGCUGCCGGAGACAUGCCACUGCCUGCAAAGAUGACAUCUCUUAUGUCCUUCACUGCUCUGAACAAGUGCUUACAACUUGUAGAAGAAACCACUACAAAAGUGGCUACAUUCUCUUCUGAGUUGGCGGUUCUCAAGGGUCUUAUCAAAACUUCAUGGGUGGUUGAUGAUGCCUUGAAGGCCCAAUUUACAGAUAUGGUGAAGUGGGCACUCAUCAAGGAAGACCGAACAAACUUUGUCAACAUGUACCAAGACAUUCUGGACAUCGAGCAACAUCCAGAUGAGCUGAAGAUUGCCAAACAAAUCAAAGCCAAGACACAUAAAGCAGCUAUUGUUCAUGCAAUUUGCAAUGCAUGCAACAAUGUCUGCAACAAUGCAAGGAAAUUUUUACACGUGGCUUGCCAGAUCCUUGUAUCAGUGCAAGAUGGCCCCUUAUGCCUGACUCUUGAGGAUUUUGCAGUCAAAUGGCUUGCUCAUUUCAACCCUGCUGCAGUCGCGAUACCACUGCCAGUUACACUGCUGGCACAAGUGGCACAAGUGGCACAAGUGGUACAAAUAUGCGACUUUGCCAUGCACAAUCUUGAGCUGCUUGACUUGGACAGGAAUGACAAUGACGAGAAUGACGAAGGUGCAACACCAGCUCCUACAUCACACCGCGUCAAAAAGAAGGCCAAGGUCGACAUGGCAGAACCCAAGUUUUGGAAGCGGUUCAAGACCCACCUUCAUGUGCAAGACAAGGACGGCUAUCAGCGUUAUAUUGGAGAAUUAAUCACCAAGGAUCACGCACGAUUUGGCAAGCCUAACACCACUGUUUCGCAAGGUGUCAACAUCCUGGGACCUUCGACUAACCCCCAUGCACUAAUGACUGCCGACCAUGACCUUAACAACAUGCUGGUAACAAUGUUUGAUCAUUCAGUGUGCCGCUGAUAUUUCCCUCUCCUUCUCAUCCAUAACUAUCAUUUCACAUACAAUCAUUGGACACU